UCUGUACUCUUCUUCUUAAACACCUCCCUGAGUUAUAUACUACGCAAGUGCUAACACGCCUCCCUUCCUUCCUUUUUUAAAAAACUGUCCACCUAUUUCUAAGUCUACACGGACCCACCCCCUGGGGCCAAAUGCGCAAGCGCUCUUCUCAAAUUGGGGUCGGCAUCUCGGUACGCAUGCCUGAGCGGUAGCGGGAGACUACGGAAUUUACCGCCGGAAAUUCUGAAGCCUUUACUACAGAGAGCGGGCACCGCUACCUAGCUAGAGAGGCUCACUUCCGCCCCGUUAAGGGAUGGGGGCGGCCAUCUUGACAGAAGAAACUCUUAAAUUCUGGAAAUAGCGACUCAGUAUCAUGGCCAGCCGCCUUAAUGAAGAUCCAGAAGGAAGUCGAAUCACUUAUAUGAAAGGAGAUCUUUUCGCAUGUCCCAAAACAGACUCUCUAGCCCAUUGUAUCAGUGAGGAUUGUCGAAUGGGUGCUGGAAUAGCUGUUCUCUUCAAGAAGAGAUUUGGAGGGGUGCAGGAACUGAUAAGUCAACAAAAGAAGUCUGGAGAAGUGGCUGUUCUGAAGAGAGAUGGGCGAUAUAUAUAUUACUUGAUUACAAAGAAACGGGCUUCACACAAGCCAACAUAUGAGAACCUACAGAAGAGUUUAGAGGCCAUGAAGUCCCAUUGUUUGAAGAAUGGCGUCACUGACCUCUCCAUGCCCAGGAUUGGAUGUGGUCUGGAUCGUCUGCAGUGGGAAAAUGUAUCUGCGAUUCUUGAAGAGGUGUUUGAGUCAACAGACAUCAAAAUUACUGUGUAUACACUCUGAACACAUGAAGAUCUUGGACAAGCCCAUGGUCUUUUGUGUCAUCUCUACAAAGUUGUAGGACCUCAGAGUGGGCAGAGGACAGUCUGUGUGAGGGAGUCUCUUGCAGGCCAGAUGUGGGUUUCUGUACUCCAAGAGGAUAGGGAGGGCACUGCACCCAGGCAGGAGGGUCAGGACACCAGAUAGGUAAGCUGUUUUAGGCCCCUGCUUUGCUUAGCCACUACUGGAUUUGUUUGCUUAGCCACUGGGUGGCAGCAUAGGUUAUAAUUCUCUUUCUUUUGAAGAGAAAUUGUGGGAAGGGUAAACUUUUGAGAUUUUUUUUUUUAAACAAUUUUGUGUUUGUGUACUUGGUGUUAGUCUUAUCAAAAAUCAUCAUAGGAAAGGAUUAUGGUUUUUAGUUAUGACAUCACAAUGCAUCAAGAGUAGAACAAUAAACUUUUCCCUUGGGUUCACUGA